UGCUACACACACACACACACACACACACACACACACACUCGUCCCUCCUCUGAGGAGUCCUCAUUGGCUGGUAUCGGUCAGCAGAGGGUUGGGCAGAAAGGGGCCGUCCCUCUCCCUCACAGCUGAUUGGCUGGCGGUGAAUAGACAAUGAAUGAGGUUGAGGAGAGGGAGGGCAUUGUGGGUAAUGCGUCAUCAGCUGGUAGGAGCUCCUUUAAACAGCAGAGGAGCAGUGAAUGAGAGGGAAGGAGAGAGAGAGAGAGAGAGCUGACAGAAGCCCAAUGACACCAACUCUCUGGAAGAUUCCUUCAGUGAGCCGGAAGAGACUGAGGAGGUCUGAGGAGGACUGAGGAGGUCUGAGGAGGUCUGAGGAGGACUGAGGAGGUCUGAGGAGGACUGAGGAGGUCUGAGGAGGUCUGAGGAGGACUGAGGAGGUCUGAGGAGGACUGAGGAGGUCUGAGGAGGUCUGAGGAGGACUGAGGAGGACUGAGGAGGUCUGAGGAGGACUGAGGGACCAGGUGCUGCAGAAGAAGACCAGACUGGCUGUGUGUUGGUUCAGUGUGCAGACUGAAGAAGAAGAACAUCACUUCCUCCUCCUCAUCACCCUGGGGAAGGCCACGCUCCACCGCCCUCCCCCUCCCUCCUCUUCCUCGCCAUCGCCCCGUUGCACCCUGACCUCGGGCGUCGGGUGGAGAAGGUUCCGGCUCCCCGGGUCCAUCAUGCACAUCAAGACCACCAAGUGCAACCGCUUCUGCCUGGUCGCCUCGGUGACCCAGCAGGACGUGUUUGGCCGCCCCGAGGCGCAGGCCAGCUUUGAGUCCUUGUUCCGGUCCUUCGACCCGGAGGUCCAGUUCCAGUACUUCAAGUCGUUCCGGCGCGUGAGGAUCAGCUUCAGUGACGCUCUGGCUGCAGCCGAGGCCAGGCUCCGCCUCCACAAGACCGACUUCAGCGGCAAGGAGAUGAGGCUCUACUUCGCCCAGUCGGUCCACAUUGGGAGUCCUCGUCUGGAGCCCCCCAAGCCAGACAAGCAGUUCCUGAUCUCGCCCCCCGCCUCCCCUCCAGUGGGCUGGGCCCAGUCUCAGGACGCCAUGCCGGUGGUCAACUACGACCUGCUGUGUGCCAUCUCCAAGCUGGGACCAGGAGACAAGUACGAGCUCCAGACCGCCACCCCCACCACCCCCAGCGUGGUCGUCCACGUCUGCGACGACGAGCGCGGCGGCGUCAACUCCGCCCCCGACGACAGCGACCAGGACGACAAGCCCCGCCCCCUGCGGCAGAAGAUCGUCCAGACGCGUCGGCCCGACUACUCGCCCGAAGAGGAGCAGUGAGCGACGAGCGGACGCUCGACCCGGAGGUCGGGAGCUUUGAAGGUUUUGGGGACUGACGCCCGAGGGUGCUGCCCACGUCCUGCAGACAGGGACCAACGCUGCAUUCAAGUCCUGUGGGAAAGACGAGCGCCAUCAGAUGAGACGGAACUGAAGGAACUAUGAGUGUUGAGCGAAGGAAUGUGUUGUCGUGUUGUCGUGCUCGGCUACGAGGGCGACACUCUGAAGGAUGUGUGUGUGUGUGUGUGUGUGUGUGUGUGUGUGUGUGUGGGGCUGGAUGUCCGUUGUUCCCACAGGACCUGAACGCAGCAUCAUUCUGACUAUUAAUGUUUAUCCUCAUGUAGACUGAGACCUGUCAGGCGGAGGAGGCGGGCUCUGUUUGUAGAUAGCCUGUGAUGUCACAGCUUCCUCUGCAGCAGAGUGAUGACAUCACUGAUGACAUCACUGAGUCGUCCUGGACUUCAGUCUGCUUGUAGUUUAACUAACUGCUGUCGCCAUCACAUUGACUGCAGCUUCAUGACGAGGCCGUUCCUUUUUCAAUGCACACACACACCUUGAUGUCUGUAAGAACCAAUCAGGGCUGACCUUUACGUGUUGUGAGAGGCUCUUCUGGUGCUGCUGUGUGUCGCCCCCUCUCUUUGAUGUCCCUGUGUUUGGUCAUCGAUGUAUUGAUCCGCUCGUCGCUGUGUGUGUCGUGUUGCUGCUCAGCUCGAGUUCUCAGAUGUUCUUCAGGAGGACGGGAUGGAGACGGAAGAGCUCUCACCUCAUCACCAUUGAAUAAAGGUCAAAGGUCACACACCCCAGGCUCUUGUCAUGUCUCACUGUGACCUCCUGACCCCUGAUCGACUCCUCCUCCCUGCUCGUGGCUUUAGUCCACGUGGUGUCUGAGGAGUCUGGAGUGGGAUGAACACGUCGUGGACACGUGUUGUAGUAGCAGCCACUCGCCACCAGAGGGCGGCGCUGCUUCUCAGGAGCUUCUCAUGUGUUUCAGGGGCCUGGGGGGGCGGCACCCUGUGGGGUCUCAGUCCAUUAGACCGGUCCUCCACGGGAGGUUUCCUUUCAGUGUCAGCCACAGAUUUAAAGGGCCAGUGUUCUAUUUCCUCAUGCGUUUGAGAGUCGGGGCGUGAAGAGGACCACGCGUGACCUGUUCACAUGGAUGAGGUGGGCAGGAGCACACGAGUGUGUUUAUUCCCAAGGAGCCUGAAGGCAUCACCAGUGCGUGUCCCUGUGACUACAUGUGCCGCCAGCAUGUUGGGAGUAAACAUGCUGAAAUACUCGCAUAUUUAUAUUUGUUGCAUUACAUUAAAAUAGAAACGGGUUUGAGUGAUUUCCCACAACACCUGAAGGCGUCAUUAAGAAUCAAUAGUUUGUAAUAGGGUAUAAAUAAACAUUGUUGUGUUAUGCUA